AUGGCAAUUAUUGCAUUAUUCCCGAACACACCAUUUCCAGAAGAAUGUGGACAUGAGUGUUUGCGAAAAUCUUCCAGUUUUUCUACGGAGGAGGAGAAUAUUAAACUAGCUCGAUUCUGCACGACAAUCAACCUUAUUCCUGGGUUCCGUAUCUCGGCGCCCAGUCAUAUGAAAGUGCUUCAUAUUCCUGUGCUUGACGAUGAAUCCACUGACCUCACGCCAUAUUUUACCACCGUCUUCAAGGAAAUCGACGAAGCUCGGAAGUCCGCCGGUCGACUGCUCUUGCUCUGUGCGAUGGGCAUAUCACGUUCGGCCACAUUCGCCAUCACGUACCUUAUGUGCAUUGAAAAGAUGUCACUCCACGAUGCCUAUAAACACGUGCAGUACUGCCGUAACAUAGUUUGUCCCAACGUGGGUUUCUUCCAGCAGAUGAUCGACCUUGAAGAAAAGCUGUACGGCAGAAAGACUGUGCAUGUGAUCGAACCGAUCCGCGGCGUGAAGGUGGCUGAUGUCGUGUGGAACGAACUGUACCAGGAGAUGAUGGACAGUUUGAGCCAGACCGACCGACACUCAGUGCAGUCGUUCAAUCCUCACCUUGAACCGCCUCGUUCGCAAGACACACGAUCCCUUCGUUCAUUGAACCUCGUCGGUGAGGGAGGUGUGGAAGAAGCGACAAAAGGCCUUUCAUACUGUCGUCUUUCGGAGCGUCAGCCUGCAGAAACAGAGCCGAGCAACGGAUCCACGCACAACGAAAUCACCUUACGGGUUCCCACUCUCGUACGCUCCUCCAAUCCUUCGUCUUUCCCAAAAAGUGCCUUACGCGACAAAAGCAAGAGCAAGAACAAGCGAUGGCGACUGAGUUUCAGUAAGGACGUCACCUGA